UGGAACAACUGCGACCCAUCAAGUAUCUACAACAAGGGUGCAAAAAUAACCUCCUCUGUUGUGUGCAGAAGGAAGGGGAGACUCUGUAAGGUUAUAGAUUGAAAAUACUCCAGUGGACGAUAAUGUGGAAAAUAACACCCUCCAUUGGUCUUUUAGAUGGUGUGUGACAUCAUUCUGUAUGUAUGUUAGCUAUGGGCGGUCCUCUGAGAGUGGGCUACUUUAGGAGCCAAAUCUGUCUUCAACUGAAGCAGAAAACUGGACAACAGUGAGCAGCAGAAACUACUGAGGUGCAGCAACAAGAGGGAGAAGCUUUCAGCAAGCAGAGGACAAGAAGUUGUGUCAGCGGUCAGAAAGGACAAACAAACACGCAGAACAUCUGAACAAUUUCUACAGAUAGACCAGAUCUUGUGAGUGUCCAAAAAGAAGCCUCUCGCCAUUCCUCUCCGCUCACCAUGGACCGCUCGGUACAGGAGCUGUUCCUCAACUUCAUGAUCGUCUUAAUCACUGUUCUUCUGAUGUGGAUACUGGUGAAAACUUAUCAGGACUGAGGCAUGGAGCCGCGAGGGGCCAGAUAAACAGAAGGCAGAGGGAACAAAGGGACAGAUGGAGAGAGUCCAGCGUUUAAGACUGUUGGUGCCUGCUAGAAUUUCUCUAAAUACAGUGUUUACAUUUUUUCAGUCUUUUAGUCUAUGAAAUCACAUGAAGACUGAUUCAGAAUUCCAGUUCAAUUUAGGGUCAAAUACUCUGUCUAUGAAAUCAUUUUCUGAAAUGUGGUUAGUUUGUAACAUUAUAAAAAGUGGGGAAUCAUUAAAGAGAUGGGAGUACAAGCAGCAAAUGUUAUACAGUCGGUCAUAUCAUUUUAUUGUUGUUGGCUCUUUUGUUCUACUGACUUUAUGUAUGCUCACGUCUUGUCCUUAAACCCUUCAAUUUGUGGGUUUUUGUGGCAUUACACUACCUAGCUAUGCAUUCACUAAAGAUGUUUUUUUCUGCUUGUGCUUUUUUAAACUGGACAUUAUCGUAAAAAAUUGUGUGGUUUUGUUUAACAGGUACAGAAAUACUACUCAUUUUUAUUUACCAAAAGCACACAAACCAGGACAUGCAUAAUCACAUGGCAGAGUAGCAGUAAAAUAAAAGCAUGUUGUUUA